GAAGGAAAGGGCCUUCGCCACUUGAGCCGUAUGCGGGGGAACUCGCACGUGCGGUUCUUAGGGAGGGAGAGCUAGUAGGAGCCAUCUCAUCCCAAUAGCGUAUAUUUGGAGCUCAAUAUGAAAUCCUAUUUUCUUGCAAGACCCGUUCGGAUAAGGGAAAACUCCAAAGAUUGCUUCGAAAUAAGAUCCUUGCGUUGACCCUUUCCUAAACCAGAACUGGGGGAGGAUGAGAGGAAAAGGGGAUCAAAAUGUCCCAUUAAUAAAGUUCGGGCUUUCCAUUCUUCCUCCCCUCCCUCACUCCCCCUUUUUGAAUAAAUAAGCCCCGCGGGUCCCUCUCUGAUAAGGAAGGAAACAAAAUAAUCUCAAUUUUACGACAAAUCCGGUCAGAUGGCUGUUCUCCAUUAACCACAAGGAUAUAGGGACUCUUUAUUUCAUCUUCGGUGCCAUUGCUGGAGUGAUGGGCACAUGCUUCUCAGUACUGAUUCGUAUGGAAUUAGCACGACCCGGCGAUCAAAUUCUUGGUGGGAAUCAUCAACUUUAUAAUAUUUUAAUAACGGCUCACACUUUUUUAAUGAUCUUUUUUAUAGUUAUGCCGACGAUGAUAGGUGGAUCUGGUAAUUGGUCUGUUCUGAUUCUGAUAGGUGCGCCUGACAUGGCAUUUCCACGAUUAAAUAAUAUUUCAUUCUGGUUGUUGCCUACAAGUCUCUUGCUCUUAUUAAGCUCAGCCUUAGUAGAAGUGGGUAGCGGCACUGGGUGUACGGUCUAUCCGCCCUUAAGUGGUAUUACCAGCCAUUCUAGAGGAGUAGUUGAUUUAGCAAUUUCUAGUCUUCAUCUAUCUGGUGUUUCAUCCAUUUUAGGUUCUAUUAAUUUUAUAACAACUAUCUUCAACAUGCGUGGACCUGGAAUGACUAUGCAUAGAUCACCUCUAUUUGUGUGGUCCGUUCUAGUGACAGCAUUCCCACUUUUAUUAUCACUUCCGGUACUGGCAGGGGCAAUUACCAUGUUAUUAACCGAUCGAAACUUUAAUACAACCUUUUCUGAUCCCGCUGGAGGGGGAGACCCCAUAUUAUACCAGCAUCUCUUUUGGUUCUUCGGUCAUCCAGAGGUUUAUAUUCCCAUUUUGCCUGGAUCCGGUAUCGUAAGUCAUAUCGUUUCUACUUUUUCGAGAAAACUGGUUUUCAGGUAUCUAGGCAUGGUUUAUGCCAUGAUCAGUAUAGGUGUUCUUAGAUUUCUUGUUUGGGCUCAUCAUAUGUUUACUGUGGGCUUAGACGUUGAUACCCGUGCCUACUUCACCGCAGCUACCAUGAUCAUAGCUGUCCCCACUGGAAUCAAAAUCUUUAGUUGGAUCGCUACCAUGUGGGGGGGUUCGAUACAAUACAAAACACCCAUGUUAUUUGUUGUAGGGUUCAUCUUUUUAUUCACCAUAGGAGGACUCACUGGAAUAGUUCUGGCUAAUUCUGGGCUAGACAUUGCUCUACAUGAUACUUAUUAUGUGGUUGCACAUUUCCAUUAUGUACUUUCUAUAGGAGAUUUUGCUUUAUUUGCAGGAUUUCACUAUUGGGUAGGUAAAAUCUUUGUUCGGACAUACCCUGAAACUUUAGGUCAAAUCCAUUUUUGGAUCACCUUUUUCGAGGUUAAUAUGACCUUCUUUCCUAAGCAUUUCUUAGGGCUUUCGGGUAUGCCACGUCGCAUUCCAGAUUAUCCAGAUGCUUACGCUGGAUGGAAUGCCCUUAGCAGUUUUGGCUCUUAUAUAUCCGUAGUUGGGAUUUGUCGUUUCUUCGUGGUCGUAACAAUCACUUCAAGCAGUGGAAAGAACAAAAGAUGUGCUCCAAGUCCUUGGGCUGUUGAACAGAAUCCAACCACACCGGAAUGGAUGGUACAAAGUCCUCCAGCUUUUCAUACUUUUGGAGAACUUCCAGCCAUCAAGGAGACGAAAAGCUAUGUGAAGUAAAAGAAGAAAAGGUCGCCGAUCGCUACUAAGAACCUAACAGAACUUUU